GUGGAGUAUAUGGUUGAGAAGGAAAAUAAGUUCAUAUUCAAUGCAGCAUUUUAUGCUGAGGUAAAUUUGCAUAUGCAUGAUAAGCUGGAACAGAUGUCUAGUAAUUUUGAAGAAGACAUGGAUAUGCAAAUCAUUCAGCCUGGUGAUAUGUCGGAAGAGGAGUUGAAAGCAUAUGAUGGUACAGAUCCUAGGAAGCCUGUUCUUAUGGCGAUCAAAGGUCAGAUAUAUGAUGUAUCAUCAUCCAGGAUGUUUUAUGGAGCAGGUGGUACUUAUGGAGAGUGGAGUGGGAAAGAUGCUAGUAGAGCCAUUGCAAAAUUCAGCUUUGAAGAGGAAGAUUUGAACAGCGAUCUCACUGGUUUAGGGAAGGUUGAGCUCGAGGCCUUAGAGGAUUGGGAAAUCAUGUUCAGGAGUAAGUAUGUUAAGGUUGGAUCCAUCAAAGAUCCAAAGAAAAAUCUGCCUGCUUGGAUCUAUCAAAUAUUCAAAGAGAAAUCUGACUACUAUAAAAACUCACAUAGAACACGCCAUAUGGAACCCCGUUUUUGGGAAAAUCAGGUUUUAUUAUAUUGA